AUGGACACGGACGCGCAAGGUGCGCGCGCGCGCCGAUUCAAAAAUAGGGAUAACCCUAGCACGCGAAGCACACUGCGCAGUCGCGCACCCCUUUCCCCAACCUCCACCCUCUUCUUCUUCUUCUCUCCCCCAACUGCCGUCGCAGCAGCAGCGCCGGCCGCCGCCGCACGACCUACCUCCGUCACCGUCCUUGGCCAUCAAUUCUUUUCCCCUCUCACCACCACCCAUCCUCUCUCUCUCCCUCUCACUCCUCUCACCCAUCUCACCGUGACCAACCCCUCCGCUGCCACCCCAUCAUCACUGCCGGCGGCUCGCUCCCUCUCUAUUCUCCCUGCACAUUCUCCUAUCAUUCUCCUCUUUCACCAUCACCGUCCCUCCUCCCCUCAGUUUCUCAUUCCUCCGGCCAAACCACCGCGCCAGCCGUCUUCACCGCCACCGUUCACGGCGGUGCCAGUUUCUGUCUCUGCUGCCCCUGCCCUAUCGAUGUCGGAUAAAGGAAAAGCUAUAGCCUCUGCUUCCAAAAAAAGGAAGCGCUCCAAGACCUCUACACCCCCACCAUCUGCUAACUAUGCGAGGAAUCCGCUGAAUGAUGAGGAGAAAGAAAAUCAGUUACUCCCGUCCACUGAUCCAACCAAAUUUCCAAAUCUCUACUGCGAGCUACGCCUUUCCCAGAUUGCGAUGGAUAUGCUAGUCUUGAUUGGGUGCGUCAUGGAGGGGAAGGAAGUAUAUUUUCCCCGACUGAUUAGGCAUAGCAUGUGGAGAGCUCAUAUUCGCGGCUUGUUACCGUUUCCGACACUGGAUACUAGCUUAGCUGAGCUAGCUGAUGUCCCGCCCCCGACUAGCCGCCGUUCUCCAGCUAGAGCGGCAGUCGAGGCUGCUAUACCAUCUUCUUUGACAGCAGCCCCACCCCCUUCAGCAUCCGAGCCCACUUACCUACUGGUUCAGCGUCUGUUUCGGUUCUUGGAGCGCGAGAGGCUCCAUGUCAGACGCCGACUGGAUCGGAUGGAUCAGGCACUCAUCUCCCUUGGCGCUGAGUUACCUCCGCUUCCAGACUCUCCGACCUCCGAUGAGCAGGAUCAUCAGGAGGAGGAUGCGGAUGAGCCACUUCAGCGGGAUGCACCUCCAGCUGCCUCUGACACUACAGAGCCACCACAGACUCAUGAGGUCCCAGAGCCACAGCCCGAGCCUGAGCCUAUCGUUGUACCUCCCACUGAUCCUCCGGUUUAG